AUUUUCUUUUGUUGGCACUCGGGAAGGGUAGGUAUACACACCAGAAAACACAGGGCGAGUUCCCCGAGUCAAAACAGAGUCACAUAAUCAAACAGCAAGCAACGGCGGAGCCGGAGCCCGAGUGUUGGAUGAUAUUAUCGUACCAACGACCGAGGGCGCUGGCUUUGGAAUUACGAUCUCAAAUAAUCCGAAGGACGUUCGUUUCUUCAAUGGAGACAAAUGCAAACGUGAAAAUUCCCCAAACGAAAGAUUAUUCUCACUAUAACCACACUGAUUCUUGCAAGUCUUCCAGAUGGACUUCUAGGGAAUCUUAUCUAUUCAUGUAUGCAAGACCAUGGCAAAAUGUGAUCAACUUUUACUCAGAUGUAGUUAAUGGUCAGAUUACAUUCCUUCAGUUGUUUGGAGCCAAGACACAUCACAUUCCAGAUGAUAAUAGUCUAGACCCUUCUGAUGAAUCUGAAUAUGUUAUUACUCCAUCACAAAAACGAGCUGGAAGGUGGGCCCGAAUGAAUUAUAAGAUAGUUCUUUCAUAUCAUGGAGGAUCCUUUGAUGGAUGGCAAAAGCAACCAGAGUUGAAUACUGUUCAAGAGGUGAUUGAAAAGUCUCUUGGGAAGUUUGUUGAUGAAAGGAAAGCUGCAUUACUGAGGGAAAAAGGUCUUCCUCUUGAAGCCAAUGUUGUAGUUGCUGGAAGAACUGAUAAAGGGGUGACUGGUUUUCAACAAGUCUGCUCUUUUUAUACAUGGAGAGAGGAUAUUAAACCUCAAGAUAUUCAAGAUGCCAUUAACAGCAUAACACCAGGAAAGCUUAGGGUCAUAUCUGUUUCUAAGGUCCCACGAACAUUCCAUCCUAAUUUCUCUGCAAAAUGGAGGCGAUAUUUAUAUAUCUUUCCUUUGAAUAAUGGGGAAACUGAUGAAGAAGAUGAUAACCAUGAAAAUGAGAAAAGUUUAGAAUCUUCAUUUGAUAAUGAAAAUGAAAAAGAUGAUGAGGGAAAUAUAAAAAAACCAACCAGAUGUUUGCACGUGAUACAAAAACCCUCAAGAAACACUGGUCCUCCAACCGAGUGUUUUGUCUUCCAUGCGCGGGCCACACAAGUAACUUUAACCAUUGAUGCAAAGAAAGGAGAAUAUACAAAGGCAAUGUGCAUCGAAUUGGUUGCUAAUCGUUUUUUACGCAAGAUGGUUCGUGUGCUUGUGGCAACAUCAAUAAGAGAAGCGGCGGCUGGAGCUGAAGAUGAUGCGCUGAUAAAAUUGAUGGAUGCCACGUGUAGACGUGCCACGGCCCCACCAGCACCCCCUGAUGGCCUUUGUCUUUUUGAUGUUGGCUAUAAAGAUUUUGAUUCACAAAUUUGCUUAAUCGUGUAAUGUUUGAAAUCAUUUAUCUAGACAACACUUUAUUUAAAUUGUACUUAAUGGGAAAGAAAGAUAGAGAGCCUUAGCAUCAUUUAUAUGGGGAAUUUUCCGAGAUGUGUGUUUGUUUUGCCAAAAAGAAAAACUAUAUACGGGUGUUUUUUUAACAUCAUUUAUUAAGAC